AGGACCAUCUAAUGCUAAAGUCCUCACAUGCAACUCCAAAGCGAUGAAAGACAAUGCAUACUUCUAUGCUGGCCAGAUCAUGGCAAUGUCAAUUGCCCAUGGGGGGCAGAGUCCAUGUUUCCUGUCUGAACUUAUGUAUGAGUGUCUUCAAAAGGGCCCUGACAAUGUAAAGGUCAAAACUGAAGAUAUUACUGAUGAAGAAACAAAGUCACAGUUGCAGUCGAUCUUACAGGCCCAGACUGAUUCACAACUACAAGAUGCAGUUGAACAGGCUGCUAGCUUAAUCAGUCUUGCUGGUCACAAUGUACGCAUAACACUGGAAAACAAACAGGAGACUGCUUUGGAUCUGGCUCAUUGGUAUGUCCUUCAGCGGACCCGUGCACCAUUUGAAAGGUUCAGAGAUGGCUUAACGUCUCUGGGUGUCCUAGAUGCUCUCCAAAACUAUCCUGUUCAGUCAAAGUGCCUUUUUGUGAAGGCUGAAAAGGCCUUAACCGCAAAUGAUGUGGAGAAUCUCUUCCAAAUCAUUCAUUCUGAAAGAGGGAGUAAUGCAUUUCAAGCAGAGUGCCGGACCCUGGCUUUCUGGCAAGACUAUCUUCAGGAUGCUGAAAUUGAAAACAAUGUCUCUCUGGAGGAUGUUCUUGUUUUCUUCACUGGAUGUGACAGCAUUCCAGCACUGGGUUUCUCUCCAAAGCCAAGACUUGAGUUCAUUACCUGUUCCCGAUUUCCAGUGGCCAAUACUUGUGAAAAUAUUCUACGCAUACCAGUUCAUGCAGUGUACACUGCUUUCAGAUCUGACAUGGAUUUUGCAAUACGCAAUUCACCAGGAUUUGGAAGAGCGUGAGAGGUAAUAUUUUCAAGGCAUGUAGAGCUUGAGUUAAGUUAGAUUGUUUAUGCUAUUGCUGUUAUUUCACUAUGUUAUUCAUUGAUACCAACAUUCUGUAUUUACUGUAACAACAAAUGAAAAAACAAUAAAAGAAAUUGAAGUUCUUCAUUACAUUUUAAGAUGUAUUUCAAGCUAUAUGUUCCAGUCUUCUAACCUGAACAGCCAUGUUCCCCGGUUUCAUUGUUAUGACAGAAUUGUUAUUUCUUUAUAGG